AUGAGUGAAAUUGAUAAAGAUUUAGUUGUUGGCGGAGAUAUAUAUAAUGAAGAAAACUCUGGUGGAACACUGAGCGAACCACUUUUGAAAACAGUUAAAAGGGAUGUUUUUCUCAUUUACAGCAAAUUACAUUAUUUUGUUACUGCUGGAAAGAAUGAUUUUGAUCGUGCGCAUAAUUUGAAAAUGCUGUAUAAUUGGGAUUUAUGGGGUCCUUGCAUUCUGUUGCUACUCUUAUCUUCAUGCUUAUAUAUUAAAGCUCCAUUUGAAAACAAGGAUAAGAUUUUUUCAGUUUUACAUUUUUUUUCAAUUUACGGUGCAAUUGCCAUCGCUUUAAAUGCGCAGAUUUUAGGCAUUAAUUGCUCAUUUUUUGCGAUUUUAAGCAUGCUGGGUUACUGUAUAUUCCCAUUUACAGUGAUAUCACUAAUUUCAUUAAUUAUUCCUUAUUUCUUUGUAAAGCUGAUUUUUACAGUAAUUUCAGUUAUACAUAUUUACAGGAUCAUUCAAUUAUCUAUAAGCGAAAUCGCUCCCGAGGAAAAGAGAAUUCUGAUUUUGUAUCCAAUUUCAUUAUUUUUUUUUUCGGUGGCUGAAAUGUCACAUCGUAAAUUUGAAAGACCAAGAUCCGGAUCCCUCGGUUUCCUUCCUAGAAAGAGAUGUUCUAGAAGCCGUGGGAAAGUUAAGGCUUUUCCAAAGGAUGACUCGAGUCAGCCACCACAUCUAACUGCUUUUAUGGGUUAUAAAGCAGGUAUGACCCAUAUCGUUAGGGAUGUUGAUAAACCUGGUUCAAAACUUAAUAAGAAGGAAGUCGUCGAGGCGGUCACGAUUGUUGAGACUCCUCCUAUGAUAUGUGUUGGGUUUGUCGGUUACAUUGAGACACCGAAUGGUCUAAGAGCCUUGACCACUGUAUUUGCAGGAUAUCUUAGUGAAGAAUGCAAGAGACGUUUCUAUAAGAAUUAUUACAGGAGUAAGCGUAAGGCAUUUACCAAAUAUGCGAGGAAUUAUGCUGAGAACCAGAGGAUGGAAGCAGAGAUUGCCAGAUGCAAGCAGUACUGUACAGUAAUUCGUGCUCUGUGUCAUACUCAGGUUAGCAAGACAGGACUAAACAAGAAAAAGGCAGACAUCAUGGAAAUACAGGUGAAUGGUGGUUCUGUAUCAGACAAAAUAGACUUUUGCGUCAGAUGUUUUGAACAACCUAUCCCCGUGUCCACAAUAUUUAGCGAAAAUGAGAUGAUUGAUAUUAUCGGUAUUUCCAAGGGUAAGGGUUACAAAGGCGUAAUCUCAAGAUGGGGAGUUACGAAGCUUCCGAGAAAGACGCGCAGAGGUGUGAGGAAGGUUUCUUGUAUUGGCGCCUGGCAUCCUGCUAGGGUUCAGUUCCAGGUUCCAAGAGCAGGCCAGAAAGGAUAUGGUCAGCGUACUGAAAUGAACAAGAAGAUUUACCGUAUUGGGCGUGGUGACGAUCCGCGUAAUGCAUCAACUUCUGCUGAUUUGACUGAGAAGACAAUUACACCUAUGGGCGGAUUUCCAAGGUAUGGCGUUGUCAAUCAAGAUUUCCUGAUGUUGAAAGGCUGUACCGUCGGAUGCAAGAAGAGACUAUUGACAUUACGCAAAUCAUUGGUGCCGCCUGUGACAAGAUCAGCAUUGGAAGUGGUUAAUCUGAAGUUUAUCGAUACCUCAUCUAAGUUUGGGCACGGCAGAUUCCAGACAUCAGCUGAGAAGGCGAAGUAUUACGGACCGUGUAAAAGGUCGGCUGAGAAUUAG